ACAGAGCAAACACGCCAAACAGCCAGGAGAGAGGCGUCUGACAAUGGAGGUUUGAGGAGGACGGAGCAGGUGGACGAUCCCACGGACCGGUACCGAGUACCGGAUGCUCGGUGCGAGAGCCGAUGCAACGCACGUGGUCGAGCAGACCUUCGUUGAAGCCGCAGGGGAUGAAUUAAAGAAUUAAGUAUGUCUGCGAUUUGAGAUUCGGUCCAAUGUGUUGAGCUGCAAUAACUGACUGGGAGGAAUUUUGAUGGCAUUUUUCUUCGUUUCCAGCAAACGAAAUGACAAUCUCACUUUAACCAAAAAGAAAACACACACACACACACACACACACACACACACAAACAAUUACUGAACAUACUGAACAAAAACCUCUGAGCAGUUCUUCUUUGAGGCAGGAGCCCAACACAAGGCCAACAACCUUCUGUUUACUCGUGUGAUUCAGAUAAAAAUGUAAAAAACGAUAUAAAAAAAUCACAUAUUUAUUUGUAAAGAUAAUUUUCACAUACUGUUACAUGUUACUCUAAUACAGUGGGAGGGACCAGGGGAAAAAAACUUAAUAAUUUACUGUUAAAGUCCGGUCGGUCUGAAAUUACGUGGUUCGCCUGGAGUCGCGUCAAGGGCAAAAGGGUAAUCGAAGAAAAGUAAAGAAGUUCCUGGAAACGGAGGCGCGAGCUGGGACGCGGCUGCUGCUGCGAGCUGGGAUUCGUCGCGCGCGCCCAUCAUCACGGACCGCGACAGCAGCGGACGGGCGCCGUCCCGACCGGACCGGACCGGACCGGAGCGCGGGCUCGGCGGACUCACCCGCGUCUGCGACGGCUUUAGUGGGAAUUAUAUUAGUUUUAAAAGAAGAAACCUUCCGAAGCAUUUGACUCAAGGUCCGGGUUUCGACCAUGAGUGGGAGAGGCUGCCAGCUGCUCGUGUCCCCGUGCGGCGUGUCCCCGUCGCUGGGCAUGAUCAGAGAACACCAGCCCCCGUCCCUCGGGGCCCGGCUCAGCCCCUCCUCGGGAAUGGACAAGGUCCAGCGCCCCUUCGCCUCCGGGAAGCAGAGCGGGAGCCACGUGGCCCUGCCCACUCUGAGCCUCCGCAGGCAGGUGCUCACCAGCGGGAAGCAGCCGCCCGCGCCCACGGCGUCCGCGGGUCCGCGCGCCGCCGCCUCGCUGCCCCCGGGCUCGGCGGCGGCCGUCCGCGCGGGACUGGGUCCGUCCAGUAACAGCUACAAAGGUUGUCUUGCGUCCGAGCCCACCAUGGAAGUAUGUGGUCAUCCGGCCGCCGCCGACCUCGCCGCGCCCCGCGGCCCCGCGGGCGCCGUCCCGCUCCAGCCGUACCCUCCGUCGAACCCGAACGGCGUGCCCGCGCCCCCCGCCGAGGCCAGGUCCCUACUGUCCAGAGAAUCGCUGGCAUCCACCACCCUCAGUCUGUUCGACACACAGUCGGUGUUUAGUGGCAGACACGAGUGGCCAUAUGGCUACCGCGUACUCCCUCCUCUGAGUCUGCCUCAGGGCUGCACCCAGGCCAGCGAGGGCGGCGACCGGCUCGUCGCGUCCCCGGGCACCGCCAUGUCCGGGACGACGAGCACCUCGGCAUCCCUGCCCUCGUACCUGUUUGCCAGCGACGCCGGGAGCCCCCGGCCGUCUCGUGCUAAGAAGAGAGCCCUCUCCAUGUCGCCCUUAUCGGACGUCAUGGGUAUCGACUUCAACUCCAUCAUACGCACCUCGCCCACCUCCCUUGUGGCCUACAUCAACGGCUCCCGCUGCUCCCCAGCCUCCCACUCGACCCUCUCCCCUGUACAAUCUGAGGGUUACGGUCAUUUUCUGGGCAUAAGAGGCCGCUGCAUCGGCCAGGUCUACCCCUAUAACAUGCCGGGCUCUUCCCAAAUCCUGGGCUCCCAGAUGCCCGAGGAAGGAGGUGGCCUGGAGACGCAGAUGGCCAACAUGGUGGUGGAGCAGCAGAGUCUCCCAGGGAAAGGAGGGGCGCCGGACAAGACUUCAGGGAGCUGCAACCCAACCACCAGCAACCUGCCUCCGCCUCUGCACCCACACCCGACGCUGCCGACUACCGCCCAAGGACCUGUCACCCCACAGGGGCCGCCUCCGCCCUACCACUCGCACCAGCACAUCCACCUCUUCAGGCGCCCCCCGGCUCCGCACGGCCUCACGCAGGCGCCCGCGGGUCCUCCGAGGCACGGCGUCAGCUCGUUGCCCCAGGUUCCCAUGCUGGAGGAGGAGGAAGGGGAGCUGGAGGACUACGACGCCCAUUGCUGCAGGUGGUCGGACUGCAGUGCAGUCUACGACCACAAGGAGGAGCUGGUGAGGCACAUAGAGAAGCUGCACGUGGACCAGAGGAAGGCCGAGGAUUUCGUUUGCUACUGGGUCGGCUGUCCGCGCAGGUUCAAGCCCUUCAACGCCCGAUACAAGCUUCUCAUCCACAUGAGGGUGCAUUCAGGAGAGAAACCCAACAAGUGCACGUUUGAGGGCUGCAAGAAAGCGUUCUCUCGGCUGGAGAACCUGAAGAUCCACCUGCGCAGCCACACGGGGGAGAAACCGUACCUGUGCCAGCACCCGGGAUGCCACAAGGCCUUCAGCAACUCCAGCGACAGGGCUAAGCACCAGCGCACACACCUGGACACAAAGCCGUACGCCUGCCAAGUGCCUGGCUGUGCAAAGCGCUACACUGAUCCCAGCUCCUUGAGGAAACAUGUGAAGUCUCAUUCCACUAAAGAACGACAUCUACGGAAAAAGAUGAAACCGAGCGCUGACGUGGCCCCGGACCCGCUGACGGACUGUUUAACCAUCCAUCCUCUGCAGCCGAGCCUCUCCUCUCUAGCGAGGAUGGACAGCGUGAACCCAUCGCCGGGUGCAUCCCCUGCCCCUCAGGGACGGGACGCCCCCAGCGACCCUCACCUGGCUCUGUUGUGCUCCAUCCCAGAUAAUUACAGGUUUGUUGAUCCUUCCCCUCACCAGCUCUUCUCCGGGGACCAGUAUGGGCCUUGUUCUCCCACCUGCCUCCCACAUCCUCCCACUGGGACAUCCCUGCAGAACAACCGCGAUCUGAAACAGCCCCAUCGGCCUCCUGACCUGGCAGAUCCCAAGCCAGGGCAGAUGAAGAUGCUGUACUCGUCAACACAAUACGGUGGGAUGACUGCACGGACCAGCUCCAGUCAGCUGUUGCCAGUUGAUGCCUUUGGUGGCAGCUUCUCUCCACCUGUCAAUAAUCCCAGUGGGGGGGCAACCUCACAGACAGCGCUUUCAUGCAUUACAGGGUUUGAACUUCACAGCCGAGCACAGGAAGUGGCUCCUAAUCAACAAUUACAUGGAGGAGAUUUCUUCCCAGCGAUGGACCACUGUACAAACCAGGUCUCCUCCAUCUACACAGACGGAUGACAACAGUCCGCUGUGGGUUUUUUGUUAUUUUGCACUAUUUUCGGUUCCUUUUAGCUACACAGCCAAGACGAGGAACGAUGCAGAUGAAACUACAAUCUGGUGACAGCUGCACUCAGUAAAAUGAAAGGACAUUUGAUUUCAAUAUUCCGAUGCUCAGUUAGAUAACUGACUCCUACAUUCUGACUUUCUCUCUCUCUCUCUCGCUCCGACUGAAUCUCUGUAAAUGCCCUAUCUGCCUCAACACUCUGGCUUCUGCCUCCAGAAUCAAUGUACAGUAUAGUAAUGACUGCGCCUAUAACCUAAUGUUUACUUUCUCCGCUUUUAUACAGCUUGUGUCUAAAAAGUAGUAAAAGUACUUCGACCUAACUUCUGGUAACAUUUUGCACAAUAUUUAACACUACAAUCAAGGCAAGAGAUCAUUUAUUAAGGUUUUUUUCUUAGAGCCACAGGUUUGUAACUAUAGUAACAGGUCAGUCGUACCAUUUCACUAUAAUGUUGAGAAGUUGGUUGAAUAUAGUAGUGUUAUGAGAGCUCCUGUGCUUAGAUCAUUAGGAGGACUCGUGUUGCCAGUGAUUCUGCAUGUUUCAGUUUAUUUAAUGCAAAUUACAAUACUUCACCUUGUAAUUGACUCUUUGAAGGCAAGACACACUGCUACACAACAUAAACCUGUUUCGCUACAGCUGCAUUUUCCAGAAUAUGCAAUAAAAAUAAAUGCUUUUGAUAAAAAAAAAAA